ACUAGAUCUCGAUAGUACGCAAGCUCGUAUCAUGACUCGCUAGAUCUGGAUACCAUAACCUCAAGUAGGAGCCGCCAGAAUGCCCGUGAUCUGCCCGCCGAGCUCGGACUUGCCUGCUGGGACAGUUACCUAUCUACAUGCCUGGAGCUCUAUCAUCCGCAAGGUCAGGGCGAAUCCUCAAAACAGUGCAGGGGGUGUGGUCAUCCUAGCAGCUAUAGACUUGGACGCUCUCUUGGCUUCACACGUCCUGGUCAACCUGUUCAAGCAGGAAGAUAUACCUCAUUCGCUCAUCCCCAUUGGAGGAUACUCUGAGCUGGAAACAAGAAAAGAUCAGAUAUUUGGGUCAGAGGAUGGUCGAUAUCCUGGAAACCCCGAUGUACAUACCCUCAUACUGCUUUCGCUAGGCUCCCUCUUGCCACUUUCGUCAUAUUUUCCCAUCGGCACCCACACAUGUGAUAUUCACUUGAUCGAUGCUCAUCGGCCAUACAACCUGGAGAACAUCUUCGGAGGAGCUGUGAAUGACGGCUUGGGAGCUGGCUCUAGGAAUGGUCACCUGAUCGAUGCACGGAACGGCCAUGCAUUAAGUGGAGACGGGGAUGACGUUCAAGAUAGAUUGCUGGGGAGGAUCUGGAUCUGGGGGGACGGCGACGAAAAGAAGCUGGAGAAUGUGAAGAAGAGCUGGGAAGCGCUCGAGUACGAACCAGAGUCGGGGUCCGAUAGCGAUUCAGACGCUUCUCAAUCCGAUACCGACCUAGAAGAUACCGACGAGGACGACGAAGCGGAAGAAGAUGGAGCUGAAGAUGCAGAUGAAGAUCGUGGUGAUGGGGAAGGAAGCGGUGGUUCGAACGGGAAGCGCAGACGAAACAACGGGGACGACGCUGGAGACCAACCUGGCCGCCGGAAAAAGAAGCGGAGAGAAGAAGACCCUGAUCGACCCAAGCGUCUACCACGAGCGAUACGGAAUGCGCACGCCGAACGUGUACAGCGGUAUUAUCAAGCUGGAACUUCGUACGGGAUGAGCGUAGUCGAGUGUUGCUACAUCCUUGCAAGCGAGUUGGAGCGUGGCGAUAACGACUUGUUGUGGUACGCCGUAUUGGGCUUGACGCAUCAAUACAUCUCAUCACGGAUCGAUCGGGACACGUACGAUGAGCGACAUUCGCUAUACCUGGACGAAGUAGCACGACUGAAUCCGCCAUCACCGGGCCGCCACGGGACUUCGUCUGGCAACGGAAGUCCCGACGACAAUGCUAUAUCGCCGAGCGAGGAACUGCGUUUCGUACUUUUCCGGCAUUGGAAUCUUUACGAUGCAAUGUUUCAUUCAGGUUACGUGGCAGGUCGUAUGGGAAUAUGGAAAGAGAAGGGACGGAAGAAAUUGGUGGGACUUUUGGCCAAGAUGGGUUUCUCAAUACAGCAGAGUCGUCAAUCGUACUCGCACAUGGACAUGGAUCUCAAAGCGACACUACGAGACAAGCUGGAAGAGGUCGCGCCAGAAUACGGGCUGGUAGAACUGCAUUACCCAUCUUUCAUGCGAGCGUUUGGGUACCGAUGCGCACCGCUGUCCGCCGCGGACGGAGUGGAGGGUCUGAACGCGUUGCUCGAGGCUGCCACAGGGAUCCGAGUCGAAAUCGAGCAGGAUGGAGGCAAAGGGGGCGGAGAAUGGUUUGGAGCUACCAAGGCUUGGACCGUCAGCGGGAUUUCGGGAAGCAACGCAUUCGCCUACAAGGAAGAUAAAGCGGAAGCAGAAGCGGACGGGAACGACGAGCUCAGCCGGCAUGCGCGGAUAGAGCAGAAACGAUGCGAGAAGAAUUUUUGGGUUUCAUACGACGCAAUGCAGGACGUGAAACUCUUAUCGCGGUCCUUAGGAUUGGCCAAAGGUCUUCACCAAGCGAUCAUACGUCAGGGAUGUUCAAUACUGGACAAGAACAGCAUGAAGACCCUCCGAUCAUUUCGCUUCGUCACGAUCCGUGAAGGUCCCGACUUGCGCCUAUUCUCGCACGCUAGCAUCCUCACCAGGCUAGCUCUGUGGUUGAUCGAUGCCACCCGAGACAAGGUGACGCGGGCCGCCGAAGCCAGGAGAAAGACGCCCGCACAUCCGAUCGUCCUGGCCUGCCUCGACGAGGAAAGCGAUACGUUCCUCAUUGUCGGUAUCAGCGGAGCACCAGAGUUUGGAGACGUCAGGAAGAAUCGUUUCGGUCUGGCCUUUCAGUCUGCAGCGGCGGACUCGGGAGCGCACGCUCGUCACGACAUGUUUGACACUAGCAUAGUCGAGGUGCGGAAAGACGAUCUGACGGGCUUUGUCGAAUGCCUACAUUUGCAGACCGCAUAGAGAGUGGACAUCAUCAUCGAUCGAUUAUAGUUGGCAUUUCUGACGAACGGAUUACAGCAUAACUUGUAUCUUACAACACUCGGACAACUUUGUAGCCAGAUUACAUACACCUGAUGACAUUCGCUCAUACGUACCUCCCAG